AUGGCCAGCACAACGCAUACCACGUGGACCAACCAGACUGUAGACCUCCUGAAGACCAAUUUGCACAUAGAUUGCAAGCCAGUCUUGAAGCAGCUCAUUCCUGACACUCUCGAAAAGGGUAUUCGCUUGGUCUCACUCCAGACCAAGCCCACUGAAGGUUCCAGGCAUUUGCGCUUGGAUGCUUGGUACUACAUAAGGCGAGUGAGUGUGGAGGAUGUCCUCCGAGCUCUUCGCGACACCGGCUUUUGGACACAGUGGUUGCAGAAGGAAGUGGAGCGGGUGAUGGAAACGCAGAAGGUCUACCACGUCGUAGUCCGUGGGAACGAUCCAAAGUUCAUGCCUCUAGGCAUUCGCGAUGGGCAAGAUGUUGUUACGGACUAUAUUGUUGAGGGGUUUGAGGCGAUUCUGGAAGAAGUGGACAAAUAUCUGUUCGAAGAGCUAUCUGACCCUGCCAGCGUUCGGCUUGCAAUGGCAGAUCACUCCUUCGAUCAGAUGCUACGGGCGUACUACCUGAACGGGAAGCAGGACAAAGAUGCGACCCUGCAUCUUGUGGGUCGGCUCCGGGGCGGCUCAAACCUCCUCCACACUUGCAUCAAAGAGGGGUACGUUGAGACACUGAGGCUGCUUCUCGACGAGUUCACCAUAGAAUCUCAGAGUCUUGCUCCCUGGAGAGCCUUGGCAGAGCCUUUGCGCCCUGUCGGGCAGUUCAAGGUUUCUGCCUUCCACCGUGCCGUCUUCGAUGGCCGCCCCGAAUGCCUUCAAGAGUUGGUGCUGUGGGCACUACGACAUGGGCAUGAUAUCAAGGAGCUGCGAAACGUGGAGGAGCGUAAUGAUUAUGCUGCGCCCACCAAGGGGUUGACCUGUUUGGAACUGGCUGAACAGUCCAAGAACAUGCUUUGCUACAACAUCUUAGCGCCACUUUUUGGAGUUUUGGCCAAAGAAGGCGCAACUGAUGUAAAUCCACGCGAGGUCCGCGUGGAGCAGAGGGCCUUGCCUCGGGUUGAAGCCGAGUCACAAGGAACACCUCUCUUUGUUUGCUUGGCUGAUGAGAAGCACGAUUGGGCGUGGGUGAUCGAAGUCAUCAAGUCUUUCAAAAAGGAGAAGAUGCAAUCCUUUGAUUCCAGCCAAAUUGUGAUAAGAUUGGAGAACUUGAUCCUCGAGGAGGAUGCCACGGAAGUCCAGGCCGAGGAGCUCCUGGCAGAAACUGCUGACAUGCACCUUGAGGCCAAUGCAUGCACAUGGAAGACGGAUAGAACCAACCUCAACUUCUUCAAGGUCGUGGUGGAUCGUCUAUCCACGCCCUCCACCGAUCAUCUUCCAGCCCUCUUGCCGCGGAAGGUGCAAAUUCCUUCCGUGGCCGCGGAGGAUUUGUCAGCGACGGAGGAGGAAGAUGUCGAUUUGGAGGUGGGACAACUAUUCCUACAAUAUGUGGCAAUUUGCGGCCGGUGGCUGGGCUUCGUGGGUGCCCACGCCAUCACUUCCAAGCAGCUUGCGCGGUUGACAAAGCAAGGGACAGAAGCCUAUGCAGCAGGCUCGGGGGCGGCAGCCCAUGAGUGGGAAGAUGCUUCUUCCCAGACCCACUCUGCGCCUGGAGAGGGGUCGCCCGCGGCGACCCCCAGGAGGAUGUCAGCGGCAUCCGAUGGUGCAGUUCAUGGAACGCCACAAGGCACACCUGGAUCAGCACAGUCAGCUCCGGCGGCGCCCGCAAGACGCAUGGGUGGCAAAGGUAAGGGUUGGACACCUUCGAUGCCACCUCCGCAGAUGCCUGUUCCUCCAGCAUACACCCAACCUUACCCGGCCAUGUCACAGCUGCGAUGGGAACAGGAUGUCUAUGGGCACUGGUGGUACAGCGAUGGGCAACAUUGGUGGUAUGGCCAUGGAGGUUCACAUCGCUUCACUGCACCACCAGCUGGAACCAUCCCCACGGCAACGUCGAGCAUUGGAGCUUCUUGGCAGUAUGUCAACCCUGAGACUACGAGGCAUCCCUCAGGGUCAAAGCCACCACGAGAACCUGCACAUCCCAAGAAGCCAUCCAAGCCGGAGUCACAGAAGAAGUCUCCGAAUAAGAAGAAGCCUCCGGCAAAAGAGAAGAAGAAAGCACCUCCUCCUCCACCAGAGGAGGAUGAAGAUGAUGAUGACGACGAUGAUGGUAGUGAAGGUGGAAGCAGUUCAUCCUAUGAGGAAGUGGAGUAUGAGGAGAGUGAAGAAGAGGAUGGGGAGUUCACAGAUGAUCCAAGUGUGGCUGCGACCCCAAGAGGAACUCCAAGAGCUGCACAGACGCCGAAGGCCGCUGCCAAGGCGAAGCAAGCAGCAAAACCAGCUGCAAAGCCAAAACCGGCAGCGCCGGCAAAGGCAAAAGCUGGGAAGUCUCGCCCAGCAGAUCCUCCGAAGGAUCCACAACCGCCGAAGGCCUUUCAUCGGGCGGCCAAGGUUGUGAAGAAGAAGCCCAAGGUCGAGAAGGACCAAGAUCCGCCUUCUGCACCGCCCUCAGGUCCACCAUCCCAUGGUGGUUCGGCAGCGCCGUCGGAGAUUAGUACCGUGCGUACUGAAUCCAUCAAGGAACUGCUGAAGGGCAGGGGUCCUUACAAGCCAACCCGCCAUACACACUGGGCGGAUGCAGAGGACGACUGGGAGUACGAUGAUGAGGAGGACUCCUUCGGAGACCCAGACAAUGAGGAUCUGAAGCCCUCAUGGCAGAAGAAGACAUGUAAAGAUGCAGUUCACCAGAAGCGCGACAAUGAGGCCCAUUUCAAUACGGGCACUCACAAGGGGCAGAGGCCGCAGCCUCUGCCAGACCGGCGGCGACCGGCAGAACCCUCGUAUCCACCUCCGGAGAGGGAGCGAACGGGUACCAAGCGCCGCAGCGACAGGGGUUACUAUGAUGACUACGAUGAUGAGGUGCCGAAGAUCCCUGAGCCGGGUACAAAAGGCCUGUCGGCCAAGAUCAAAGCUCGACGACCAGGUGAAGAAGAAUAUCUGGUCUUUGAUAGCAUCCAAGAUGCCAUUGACAGUACAAGAACGUCACCGCCUCCAUCUCCGUUGAUGAAGCCCCGUCCUGCUAAGCAGAUCUGGCCCAAACCACGAAAGGCCAAACCUCAGCCCGCGGCAGAGCAACAGACCAAACCACCGCCAGCGGCAGAGAGAGAGGCAGCAGAACCGGCUCCGCUGCCGAUCCGAGACCCAGAGAAGUUUCGAGAGAGGCGACGGCGUCGCCGUUCAGAAGGUGAGCCAGGUGAGGCACGCCCUGAAGGUGAGCACCGGCGGCGCCGGAGGAGGAGCAAGCCGGAAAUGGCUGAGCCGGUCGAUGUGACAAGACCAGCUCCACCAGAGGCUCCAGCUCCCUCAGAAGAAGCUUCCAAUGCCACAGAGGUCAAUUGGACCAUGAUGCAUGGAUGGGAGCGAAUCCGACGGUACCAGUCCGAUGAUGAGGAGGUGGAUAGCAGCUCAAGUGCAGCCUCAGAAAGUGAAGAAGAGGACCUGGCCUACCACCUCAAGCUGUCGGAGAGUUCGCAAGCCUCCCAAUCCAAGCAAGCAAAGGAGAAGAUUAAAGUGAAGCUUCUCACGGUGCUACGCUCACUGCUGGAGGAUGAGAAAGAUGAAGAGACCAUCCAGCGGCUCCGGAAGAAGGAGAAGCGCCUUGCAGAGCGUGCCACAGCCAGGGCUACCGGUGCAACAUCGAGCACAGAAGCUCGCCCAAAGGCCAAGCCCAAGCACAAGAAGCCAGAGCGCUUGGAGGAGGAUGUUGGCCUGAGCACCGAAGACCUGGUGAAGGUGCUCCCCAAGACGUCCAAAGAGGAGAAGAAGAUCCUCUAUAAGCAGCUGAAGAAGGACCAGGAACGCGAGAUCCUCGAGAUCUUUGGCCGCUCGGCAACCCCGGAGCGGUCCAUGUUGAAGCGCCCUGAGCAGCGCAAGGGCGGCUAUGGCUACUCCACGCCUGAUCGACGUGGCAAGGAUCAGGUUCAAGAGCCACCAGAGAAGCAGGAGAACCUGCCAACUCCAGUCAAGAAGAAGAGAUUGGAGGAGUUCCGCAAGUCCUUGUAUGAAGCUGCGCUCGACAAGCGAGGACGCUUGAUCCCAACGGCUGACCAGGAGGCGUGCCGCCACAAGUUCGAUCGCCUGGUUGGCAUUCAUGGCACUUGGAGGCCUACAGUGAUGUCUCCUUCCAGGCACCCGAUCUUGGGUUUGCUCAAUAUGGGAUCACACCCGAAUCCCAAACAGUGGCGCAUCAAGCCUUUGGAAGAACUCAGGCAGCGCCUGUUGAGCGAUCCACACUCCUUCGCAUUGGUUCAAGAUGCCCUGGACAGCAUCUCUGACUCUGGAAGUGAGGUGCCACAGGAGGUCCUAAAGGUCGCUGUACAUGGACCUGAAACCCAGCAGCAGCUGGCUAUGUGGCAGGAGACGAUGGAGGAUGAAGCAGUCGAGACAUUGGAUGCCAUCAACGCCCCAAAGGUCUUCAAGCCACAACUGGAUCCCAUGAGCUCAGAUGAGGGCUCUAUCAGCGAGGGCGAAUCUGAGACCUCGCAUGAUCCCGACUACCAGGACGAGGACUCCACAACCAGCAACGAGACAGAGGCUGAAGAGGAGUUCCACGAGAUCUUGACAUCUGGCUGCGCCGGUGAGACAGAGAUCCUGAGCAAAGGCCAGCGCCGCAGGAUCCUGGCUGCUGCCAAAGGCAUCAGCGAGGCUGCAAUGGCAGAAGCUGAGCGACGCUCCUGCCCGGAAAAAGUGCCUCGCAUUCGUCGCCUUCGCACAGGUUACAAGAUCCUAGAGAUCUUUACCUGGAGUUGCCUCCUGUCAAGGUUUGCUUAUGGUUUGGGUUGGGAGUAUUUGGAACCCCUGACACUUCCAGGUUGGGAUCUCAAAUCCCCAAAAGUUGAGAAGGAAGCAUGGGAUUAUCUCCACCGUGUGAACCCUGAUUUCAUCGCGGUUGCAUGGCCAUGCACGGAAUGGACCAUCAUGCAAAACGCCAACCAGAGGACGUGGACACAAAAACAGGCACUUCUAGCACGGCGAGUUGAAGCUCGCAAACUACUUCGAUUCACCCGCAGAGUCACAUUGUGGCAGGUUCGGAGCGGUCGGGCCAUUCUGGGUGAGAACCCACUGCUUUCAUUGGCAUGGAAGGAACCUGACAUCAUUGACGCCUUCGGUCAUCCGGAAGAAGCUAUUUGCGAUCAAUGUCAGUAUGGACUUCGCCAUCCAGAAAACGGCAUGCCUAUCAAGAAGCCCACGAGGUUUGUGGGUCAAGCUGAAGUAGUUUCGGAACUCCACCACCGUUGUCCUGGUGAUCAUCAACAUCACCAGAUUGAGGGCCCUGUCAAAACCAGUGCCUAUGGCAGAAUUUCGCUUUCCUCUUGGGCAGCUGGCUACCCCCUGCCGCUGUGCCGCGCCAUCAUGCGAGCCGCGCACACCUUCUUGGACAAGCAGGCCAAUGACACCCGCACAGAGGUCUAUAUGUUGGAUGACCAGGUGCCAGAAGAGGCAAUCCAAGAAGGAGAGGAAGGCAUCGAUGAGGAAGAACAACGUAUUCAAUCCUACAAGGAUGAGAGCGAGGAUGAUCUUGAAGAGGAGGAGAGGCGACCCAUCUCUCAAGAGGUGAAGAGGGCUGUUGAAUUUGCCCAUCGGCAGUUGGGCCAUCCCAGCAGGGAUACACUUGUUCGCAUGCUGCGAAUUUCAGGAGCUAAUGAUGAUGCAAUCCGGCACGCUCGCCGAUGGCAUUGCGAUGUCUGCAGGAUGCAACAGCCACCAAAGCAUCCACUCGCCACAACCGCCACUUCAAGACCAUUUGCUUUCAACCGAGUUUUGCACAUUGACAUCAAGUAUCUCUUCGACACCCAGGGUCGGAAGUAUCCUUGUUUGAGUAUUGUUGACCUUGGAACUGUGUACCAUGCAGGCUGCAUGCUGAAGACCAGAAGGUCAGACUACGUCGCCCGCAAAUUCUUGGUUCACUGGGUACAACUGUUUGGAGCCCCAGGGCACAUUUAUCAUGACCAAGGCGGCGAGUUCGAACUGUCUUUUACACAGCUUUUGGAGCAAAUGGCUGCGCCCAGCACACUCACCGGAUCGCACGCCGGUUGGCAGUUGGCCGUCGGAGAACGGCAUGGGGGAAUCUUGGGAACCAUGGUUGGAGCAAUCACAACCGAGCACGUCACAGAAGGUUUCCAUGGUAUGAAGUUGGCAUUGAGCUCAGCGCUGGCAGCCAAGAACAUGACCAUUACCCGUGAUGGUUUCAGCCCCAACCAGAGGUUGGCGCUGAUCCGGAUGGAUGUCCAGGAAAAGAUGAAACGGGCCAUUUUGAGGAAGCCCGGUGUGGACGCAGAAGGACGCGCCUUGCUCCUUGCAACGCCAAACAUGCGUUUGGCUACAAAGGAAGAACUGGCCAUGAAUGAGUCCGCAAAAGAAGAUGCAGAAACCAUUGGCCAGAUGCUUCGCGAUCCAGAGCGUGAUAACGCCUAUCACGACCAAACCCAUUUCAGAGGAGCUCCCAAGCGGAAGCACAUCAGAGAUGACCCUGAGCGUAAACGUGCCCGAUUGAUGAUGCGAGGCACCAAGUCAAUCCGGGAGUUGCUCAAGAGCCGGUUUGGCUUCAAAGAACAGCUCAGGAAGCGCAAGGUGCAGCUCCAGCCGCCAGAGAAAGGAGAUCCGGUAGCACCGAGGAAGAAAGUUAAGAAGGCCCUACCUCCACCGCCUGCGGCGGAGUCUCAAGACUCAAUGGAGGAGUAUACACCUUCUCAAGCACCAGAGCCAGAGGCUCCACAGGAAGGCCAGCGGCCUAUGCUUCCUGCUCCAAGUUCAGCUCCAGCGGAGCCACCUACAGAAGCCCCGCGAGCUGAAGAUGUUCCGGUGCCACCCAUGGAUGAGAAUGAGUGGUUGGAAGAAUACAGACAUCUCCCUCAGGAAGAACGCCGUCGCAUUCUUCAAGACGAUGUCCCACAUGGGAUCAAAAGGAAAGGUGGCAUUACUGAAGAGGAUGCUGACCGAGCAGUGAAGCGCCUCAGAAGCAACUUCUGCGCAGCGACUGCAGCCAGCACUGUGUAUGGAACCCUACAGAAUGAGUGGGUUUCUCGUUAUGAAGUAGAACUGCUAAGACAGCUGACAGGGUUGCCAGUUACAGCAGCCCGCAUUCACAGAGCACCACGGAAGAGGCUGCAACGACCCCCGAAGAUGGUGUCGCGCUCCCGCUUGAGUAUCCUCAUUGGAAAGGAUCCAGCAAGCACUUUCAUUGUCAACGAGAAGGAUGCAGAGGUUGCAGCCCAUCCCCGUCGGCGAGCCAGCUUCGAGUGGCGGGGUCUUACGAUGUUCUAUCGCACUGAAGACCCAAGCAAGCCUACGGAGGUAUUUGUCGAACUGCCAGACGGCAUUCAUGGGGUGACGCUCAUCACCAGUGAGGCAGCAGAGUUCCAGCAGAUGCGCUUAUCGGCAUUCCUUCGGCAUACGCAAGAUGUGGAUGGGGAUGGGCUGGGGCAAUGGCUUCGUCACAGGCAGCUGAUGCCGCUGGCACGAGUGGUGUUUGAAAGGUUCUUCAACAGAGAGAAGUUGCUCCUCGAUCAGCCAAUGGAUGUUGCCCAGAACAUUGACCCCUCUGUGGUGCCCUUUCUGAAGAUGACCUUGACCGCAUGGUUCCACACUGCUGCUUCUUCUCCUGAAGAUACUCACGAUGCUUGGGGCGCAUGGGCUGAAACUAUCCAGGUUGAUGAUGACGUGUUGAAAAAGGAGCUGGCGCCAGCCUUGGAUUUGGUGCUUGAGUCCUUGCUGCGGAUGUGGAAGGCUUUGGAUCCUGUGUGCAAGCGCUCCGGAGUCCACUCCAUGGUACACCUGGUGAAGAGUUGCAUCCCACCAGGCCUUCUGAACAGAUUGCCGAACACAAGACGCCGCCUGGAGAGACCGUGCCAAGCAAAGACCAAGGUCAGUUUAACUGGGAAGACCACAACUCUCAAACCCUCUUUCAAGCCUGUCACACCGGUGAAAGCACCGCUGAAAGCUGCGGUGUGGUAG